CAUGCGGGAUAUCGAUAUAUAUCGUUGAUUAGCGCCAGUCGGAAGCGAUCGAGUGUCGGCACAUGUGAGAUCUCGCGAUUUGUCGCGCGUACACAAAAGAGUGCGUAUUUAUUCUCUGUAUAUCGCAUUCGUCCAUCGGGAGAGACAGGCGGUACGAGACGAGACGAGACGUUGCGUCACGACGCAUAAAACCGCGAAGCGGUUCCGGAUCCUGAACGAUUGACGCGCGCGCGCGCGCGUGUCCGCAUCGACGUUGUCAAGAAAGAGAUCCUCGAGAUUGCGAGGCCCUGACCCCGGAGAUCUCGGAGGCCGUGAAACGUUGAAAAGGCAGGAUGGAGAGCGAACAGUCGCGGGAACAGGAGCAACGCGAGCCGAAACCGAAGGAUAGGUUAGUCCUUCUCUUGGACCAGAUCGAGGUGCACGUCGAGCAACUCCGGAAGGAUGCCUCCAGACUCGAGGAGGAGAAGGACUCCCUCCUGACGACCUUGGACACGCUCAGGAACAACGAUCUGCUGGUCGCCCUCGAGGAACCUGACAGGGAUGAUGUUCUGAGGUAUGCAGAAAGAUUGUCUAUGCGAUGUUCAACUGUAGAUGUAUUAGUUACUGUUCAGCGUGAUCAUGUUCAGCGAGAUGCAUUGCAUCAGGUUAAUGGCUUGAUCGAUAGCUUGGUUGUGAGCUUGCGCCAGGAUCCUGGUAGUACUAGACAGAGAUGUGCAGAAUUUAUGAAUGCGUGUUCCUCACAUGGUAUGGGACAUUCGGAUAAAAUGUUUGAAACUGCUAUUCUCGGAUGUACAUUGGAUGAUCAGAAGCGAAUCAAGAAGAGAUUGCAGGGAUUACUCGACUAUAUCGACAAGAUGCACAUUCUGGAAAUGACACAGUGAAAAGGGACCCCAAAGGAUUAUUUGGCAGAUAAGUCUGCCUUAAUCUUUAUACAGAUUUCCAUUAUCGGAGUUUUCCAAAAUUCCGACAUUAUCGCGAGCGCAGCGAUUUUGGAGAACAUUUGAGAGAAAUUGCGCGUUCUUGUCUGCGCGUCUAAAUUUUUCACUUUUUUCCAUGAGUAAAUUAAACCGCGUAGAAUGUUUAAUUAUAUAUGUAGAAUAUGUAGCAGUCAACUGGAUUUACCAUUGUAAUGACAUCAUUCCUGAUAAUUUCUUAUAUGAUUUCCGAAUUUAUUUUUUAAGUUAUUUAGCUUUUCAGUAUUCUUUAGAAAAAAAAGAAUACCUUUGCUCGCGAAAGAAAACGAUCGAUAGUUUUCAGACCUAAUAUAUGUACGUUUUGAAAUAAAAAAUUUCUACAAAAACGUGUACACAAAUACAAAUGUGAAAUCUUAAAUGUUACAUUAACGUUGAAAGUGAAAUAAAUGGGCCUCUUUACAUUCUUA